AUGCUACGCGUAACGAAGACGAUUGAGAGAGUCGCAGGCCCUACCGAGCGUACUGCAGUACAGUACGCGAGACGUCAUGGCUCGGCGGCCUCAGAUCACCAUCACCGCGAAUUUCUCGAUCCAGACGUCGGCCGAGACAUCAAGGUCUCGAGCAUUUCUCAUGAGGACAUCUUCGUGACGAGCAAGCUCUUCAUGGGGUACGAACGGGCUCUGAUGACCACGAAGGAGAGCAACAAGAAGCUCGGCCUCGGCUACAUCGAACUCUACCUCCUCCACGGGCCAGACAACAGUGCAACACGCGCGGAAGAUUGGAAGGUGCUUGAGGAGCUGCUACAGCAAGGAGUCCUCAAAGACAUCAGCGUGCCCAACUUCGGCGAGGCGCACAUCGACAAGCUGCUGAAGACAGCCAAGGCAUACUGGCCUCUGGCUCGGGCGCAGAAGAUGGAGGACGCGACGCUGAAGGAGGUCGCAAAGGAGGCGGGAGCUACCCCCCGUCCAGGUGUUGGUGGCCUUCAGCCUGGCCAACGACGUCAUCACGCUGUCCAAGUCGAUUCACACGGAACGGCGGAAGACCAAUUGGAGGCCGCCAGCGUCGGGUUGACCACUGCACAAGUCGCGCAGCUGGCAGCUCUGGACGAGUACUUGAUCACGGCCUGGGACCCCAUCAAGGACCACGCGGUGUAUUAA